AUGGCCACAUUGUCUGCUCCUAUCUCCCCCCCAAUGGACUCCACUGGAAACACCUUGAUGACCUUGGAGACCCAAGACGGUCACGCCUUGCAAGGUUACUCCUUUGGUGCUCCUGUCUCCGCUGCUGGUGAGGUGGUGUUCCAAACUGGUAUGGUUGGAUACCCCGAGUCCAUCACCGACCCUUCGUACGAGGGUCAAAUCUUGGUUAUCACCUACCCCUUGGUCGGAAACUACGGUGUUCCCGACCACGAGUUGAAGGACGACAUCGUCGAGCAACUCCCCAAAUACUUCGAGUCCAACCGCAUCCACAUUGCUGGUUUGGUGGUGGCUCACUACACAGAGGAGUACUCGCACUACUUGGCCAAGUCUUCCUUGGGCCAGUGGUUGCAAAGAGAGGGUAUUCCUGCCAUCUACGGUGUUGACACCAGAGCUCUCACCAAGAAAUUGAGAACCGAGGGUUCCACCUUGGGUAGACUUGCCAUCCAGAAGAAGUCUGUCCAACACAACGACGCUGUGGGCCAAUUGGACUGGAAGCCAUUUUUCGACGUUCCUGAGUGGGUUGACCCUAACGUCAAGAACUUGGUCGAGGUCGUCUCCACCAAGGAGCCUGUCUUGUAUACCCCUAAGGCUAACCCUAGAACCGACAAGAACGGCAAGACCAUCCGUAUCGUUGCUGUGGAUGUCGGUAUGAAAUACAACCAGAUCAGAUGCUUCGUUGCUCGUGGUGUCGAGUUGAAGGUUGUUCCUUGGGACUACGACUUCACCGCCGAGGAGUACGACGGUUUGUUCAUCUCUAACGGUCCUGGUGACCCUCAAAUCCUUACCGACUUGGUUGCUAGAUUGGAGAAGGUUUUGAAGGAGGCUAAGACCCCUGUCUUCGGUAUCUGUUUGGGUCACCAGUUGUUGGCCAGAGCCACCGGCGCUUCUACUUUGAAGUUGAAGUACGGUAACCGUGGUCACAACAUCCCAUGUACUUCCACCAUUUCUGGCAGAUGUUACAUCACCUCUCAGAACCACGGUUUCGCUGUCGACACCUCUUCCUUGACCUCUGGCUGGAAGGAGUUGUUCGUUAACGCUAACGACAACUCCAACGAGGGUAUCUACCACGAGAGCAUGCCUUUCUUCUCCGUGCAAUUCCACCCUGAGUCCACCCCUGGUCCUAGAGACACCGAGUUCUUGUUCGACGUCUUCAUUGAUGCUGUCGUUGACUACAAGAACACUGGUGUUUACAAGCAGGUCGCCUUCCCUGGUGGUCUUCUUGCUGACAACAGAGCUGCCCACCCACGUGAGAACGUCAAGAAGGUCCUUGUUUUGGGUUCCGGUGGUUUGUCUAUUGGUCAAGCCGGUGAGUUCGACUACUCCGGUUCCCAAGCCAUCAAGGCUUUGAAGGAGGAGGGUAUCUACACCAUUUUGAUCAACCCUAACAUCGCUACCAUUCAAACCUCCAAGGGUUUGGCCGACAAGGUUUACUUCUUGCCAGUCAACCCUGACUUCGUCCGUAAGGUCAUUGAGUACGAGCGUCCCGAUGGUAUCUACUGUACCUUCGGUGGACAGACCGCUUUGUCUGUCGGUAUCGCUCUUAAGGACGAGUUCGCCGGUUUGGGUGUCAAGGUCUUGGGUACUCCUAUCGAGACCGUUAUCACCACUGAGGACAGAGAGUUGUUCGCCUCUGCCAUGGACGAGAUCAACGAGAAGUGUGCCAGAUCCGAGGCUUGUGCUACUGUUGCCGAGUGUGUGGACGCUGCCAACGCCAUUGGUUACCCAUUGAUUGUCAGAGCUGCCUACGCUUUGGGUGGUUUGGGUUCCGGUUUCGCCGACAACGAGGAGGAAUUGGUUUCUCUUUGUUCCAAGGCUUUCGCCACCUCUCCUCAAGUUCUUGUUGAGAGAUCGAUGAAGGGCUGGAAGGAAGUCGAGUACGAGGUUGUUCGUGAUGCUUUCGACAACUGUAUCACUGUCUGUAACAUGGAGAACUUCGACCCCUUGGGUAUCCACACUGGUGACUCUAUUGUCGUUGCUCCUUCUCAAACUUUGUCUGACGAGGACUACAACAUGUUGAGAACCACUGCUGUCAACGUCAUCAGACACUUGGGUGUGGUUGGUGAGUGUAACAUUCAAUACGCUUUGAACCCAUUCUCCAAGGAGUACUGUAUCAUUGAGGUCAACGCUAGAUUGUCCCGUUCUUCUGCUUUGGCUUCCAAGGCUACUGGUUACCCAUUGGCUUACACUGCCGCCAAGUUGGGUUUGAACAUUCCUUUGAACGAGAUCAAGAACUCUGUCACCAAGUCCACCUGUGCUUGUUUCGAGCCAUCUUUGGAUUACGUUGUCGUUAAGAUUCCAAGAUGGGACUUGAAGAAGUUCACUCGUGUUUCUUCCCUCUUGUCUUCUUCCAUGAAGUCUGUCGGUGAGGUCAUGUCCAUUGGUCGUACCUUCGAGGAGGCUAUCCAAAAGGCUAUCCGUUCUACCGACUACCAGAACUUGGGUUUCAACAAGACCAACGCCUUGAUGUCCAUCGACAUUGACACCGAGCUUCAAACUCCUUCUGACCAACGUCUUUUCGCCAUUGCCAACGCCUUGACCGACGGCUACUCCGUCGAGAAGGUUUGGAAGUUGACCAACAUCGACAAGUGGUUCUUGAACAAAUUGGACGGCUUGAUCAAGUUCGGUAAGCACAUUGCCAGCUUCGAGGACAAGGAGAAGCUUCCAAUCUCUGUUUUGAGACAAGCCAAGCAAUUGGGUUUCGAGGACCGUCAAAUCGCCAAGUUCUUGGACUCCAACGAGGUCGCUAUCCGUAGAUUGAGAAAGGAGGCUGGCGUUGUUCCAUUCGUCAAGCAAAUUGACACUGUCGCUGCUGAGUUCCCAGCUUUCACCAACUACUUGUACGUUACCUACAACGCUGACUGCUCCGAUGUCACCUUCGAUGACCAUGGUGUCAUUGUCUUGGGUUCCGGUGUCUACAGAAUCGGUUCUUCUGUUGAGUUCGAUUGGUGUGCCGUUCGUGCCAUCCGUACUUUGAGAGAGAACAACGUCAAGACCGUUAUGAUCAACUACAACCCAGAGACCGUUUCUACCGAUUACGACGAGGCCGACAGAUUGUACUUCGAGACCAUCAACUUGGAGAGAGUUCUCGAUAUCUACGACUUGGAGAACUCUGCUGGUGUUAUCAUCUCUAUGGGUGGUCAAACCUCUAACAACAUUGCUUUGACCUUGCACCGUCAAAACGUCAAGAUCUUGGGUACUUCUCCCGAGAUGAUCGACUCUGCCGAGAACAGAUACAAGUUCUCCAGAAUGUUGGACAUGAUCGGUGUUGACCAGCCUGCUUGGAAGGAGUUGACCUCCAUCGAGGAGGCCGAAGAGUUCGCUGAGAUGGUCACCUACCCAGUCUUGGUCCGUCCUUCCUACGUCUUGUCUGGUGCUGCCAUGAACACUGUCUACUCUAAGGCAGACUUGGCUUCCUACUUGUCGCAAGCCGUCGAUGUCUCUCCAGACUACCCAGUUGUUCUCACCAAGUACAUUGAGAACGCCAAGGAGAUUGAGAUGGACGCUGUUGCCAAGGAUGGUAAGAUGAUCAUGCACGUUGUUUCCGAGCACGUUGAGAACGCUGGUGUUCACUCUGGUGACGCCACUCUUAUUGUUCCUCCUCAAGACUUGGACCCAGAGACUGUCAGAAGAAUUGUCGAGGCUACCGCCAAGAUUGGUAAGGCUUUGGACAUCACUGGUCCUUACAACAUUCAGUUCAUUGCUAAGGACAACGACAUCAAGGUUAUUGAGUGUAACGUCCGUGCUUCUCGUUCUUUCCCAUUCAUUUCCAAGGUUGUUGGCACUGACUUGAUUGAGAUGGCCACCAAGGCUAUCAUGGAUCUUCCAGUGACUCCAUACCCUGGUGAGAAGCUCCCAGAGGAGUACUGUGCCGUUAAGGUCCCACAGUUCUCCUUCUCUCGUUUGGCUGGUGCCGACCCAAUCUUGGGUGUCGAGAUGGCUUCCACUGGUGAGGUUGCUACCUUCGGUAAGAACAAGUACGAGGCUUACCUUAAGUCUUUGAUCUCCACUGGCUUCAAGUUGCCAAAGAAGAACAUCUUGUUCUCCAUUGGUUCUUACAAGGAGAAGAUGGAGUUGUUGCCAUCCAUCAGAAAGCUCCACGAGAUGGGCUACAAGAUCUUCGCCACUGCUGGUACUGCCGACUUCAUCAAGGAGCACGACGUUCCAGUGCACUACUUGGAGGUCUUGAGCAAGGACGAGGACCAAAAGUCCGAGUACUCCUUGACCCAGCACUUGUCUAACCACUUGAUCGAUUUGUACAUCAACUUGCCAUCUUCCAACCGUUUCCGUCGUCCUGCCAACUACAUGUCCAAGGGUUACGAGUCUCGUCGUUUGGCUGUUGACUACUCUGUUCCUUUGGUCACCAACGUCAAGUGUGCUAAGUUGUUGAUUGAGGCUUUGUCCAGAAACAUCGACUUGCAGGUCUCUAACAGCGAUGCUCAAACCUCUCACAGCACUUCUGUCAUUCCAGGUUUGAUCAACAUCUCUUCCUUCGUUCCAUCUUUGGACGAUUUCGAGAAGACCACCAAGCAAUCCUUGGCCUCUGGUUUCACCUUCAACGCUUUCUUGCCUCAGACCUUGAGCGGCUCCACCGUUUACGAUCUCGAGACCUUGACUGACGCUGUCGAGUCUGCCUCCGAGGGUGCUUUCACCGACUUCUCUGUCUACGUUGCUGGUUCUGAGACCAACAGCGAGGCUUCUGCUGAGGCUGCUGAGGCUGCCGGCGCUUUGUUCUUGCCAUUCAACGACUUUGCCAACUCCAAGGUGUCUUCUAUCUCUGCUCAUUUCGCUUCCUGGCCUGCCAACAAGCCAAUCAUCACUGACGCUCGCGCUACUGACUUGGCUUCCGUUUUGUUGUUGGCUUCUUUGUACAACCGUAACAUCCACAUCACUGGUGUUUCUUCUGCCGAUGACUUGGAGUUGAUCAAGAUGGCCAAGGCUAAGGACUUGCAAGUCACUUGCGACGUCUCUGUCUUCCUGUUGUUCUUGUCUCAAGCCAAGUUCCCUAACUUCUCUUUCUUGCCAACUCAGCAAGACCAAGAGGCUUUGUGGGCUGGUUUAGAGCACAUUGACUGUUUCUCUGUUGGUGUCUUGCCUUUCUUGGUUGCCAAGGGUCUCGGUUACGACAUUGUCCCAGCUUUGGGUAUCAAGGAGACCUUGCCAUUGUUGUGCUCUGCUGUGAAGGAGGGUAAGCUUACUCUUGCUGACGUUGUUGAGCGUUUCCACACCAACCCUGUCCGUAUCUUCUCUCUUCCAAAGCAGAAUGCUACUGUUGAGUUGGACCUCGACAGAGUCUUCACUGGUGACGACUUCACUGCUGCUCUUUUCAAGGACAUUGCUUUGAAGGGUUUCAUUGAGAGAGUCUCUCAUCAUGGUGAGACCGUCUGCUUGGAUGGCACUGUUGUUGUCGACCAAGGUGCUGGCCAAAAUGGUGUGCAACCAAGAGACAGAUUUGGAUCUAUUUCCGGCGGUGUUCCACCAUCUCCUAUGUUGGGCCACAAGAAGAGAGUUUCCUUCAACGAAGGCGCUCGUCGUCCAUCCUUCUUCAAGGGUGACACCAGCAGCAUCGCUGACCACUCUGAGUUGGAGAAGUUGGGUUCUGAGUUGGUUUCUCAACCACCUGCCGGCUACUUGUCUGAGUCCAACGCUUUGGUCAACUACAUCAGAAACAACAACACUUUCUUGAGAAACUCGGUGUUGUCUGUCAAGACUCUCACCCGUUCUGACUUACGUUCUUUGUUCACUGUUGCACAAGAGAUGAGAUUGGCUGUCGAGAGACAGGGAGUUUUGGACUUGUUGAGAGGUAGAGUUUUGGCCACUAUGUUCUACGAGCCAUCCACUCGUACUUCUUCUUCUUUCGAUGCUGCCAUGCAAAGAUUGGGAGGUAGAGUUGUCGCUGUCGCUGCUGGAGCCUCUUCUAUUAAGAAGGGUGAGACCUUGCAAGACACCAUCCGUACUUUGGCUUGUUACUCUGACGCUAUCGUCUUGAGACAUCCAUCCGAGGAGUCCGCUGAGAUUGCCGCCAAGUACUCUCCAGUCCCUAUCAUCAACGGUGGUAACGGAUCUAAGGAGCACCCAACCCAAGCUUUGCUCGACUUGUUCACCAUUAGAGAGGAGUUGGGUACCGUGAACGGUAUUACUGUCACCUUCAUGGGUGACUUGAAGUACGGCAGACCUGUCCACUCCUUGUUGUACUUGUUGCGUCAUUACCACGUUCGUGUGCAAUUGGUUUCUCCUAAGGAGUUGGCCUUGCCAUCUUCGCUCAAGGAUAUGUUGAAGGAGUACAACAUGCUCGCUUCCGAGACCGAGGAGUUGACUCCAGACUUGAUUGCCAAGUCCGACGUCUUGUACUGUACCAGAGUCCAAGAAGAGAGAUUCCAGGACAAGAGCCAAUACGAGAGAUUGAAGGACACCUACGUUGUCGACAACAAAAUCUUGUCUCACGCCAAGCAGCACAUGUGUGUCAUGCACCCAUUGCCUAGAACCUCCGAGAUCAAGGAGGAGGUUGACUUCGACCAGAGAGCCGCCUACUUUAGACAAAUGAGAUACGGCUUGUACGUUAGAAUGGCCUUGUUGUCCAUGGUCCUCGGUGUCGACUUUUAA